AACUUGCAUUUUAAGUCCUUUACAAAUGCUUUUAUGUAACAUUUAUUUUUUUACUCAUAUUAUGUGGCCAUAAGUUAACAAUCCCAAGCAAAGGGAAAACCGAUCACAAACAACACAUAUACUGAAUCUUUAUUUGUAGUUUUUGAAGUUGAAAACCAAUUUGCAACCACAUAUCCCUUCACCUGGUUCACGUUCACAAGGAGUCCUCUCUCGAACCUUCUUCGUCUUCUUCCUCGAUCUGUUUUAAACCCACGUCCCAUCCAUGCAAACCCUCAAUGCUUUUGCCGGCCAAAAAAAUGUCCGGUAGUGGUUGUUGUUACUAUUCUGUUCUUGGACUCUGUAAGGAAGCUUCAGCCAAUGAAAUCCGAUCAGCUUACCGUAAACUAGCCAUGAAAUGGCAUCCCGAUAGAUGGAUCAAAGACCCAGAAAUGGCCGCUGAAUCCAAAACUCGGUUUCAGCAAAUUCGACAAGCUUAUUCAGUUCUAUCAAACAAAGGAAAAAGAAGCAUAUACGACGCCGGAUUGAUUUCAUUUCUAACAGACGAUGAUGACGAAGGAUUCUGCGAUUUCAUGAUCGAAAUGGUAUCGAUGAUGAAGAGCGCAACACGGCAGGGGAGAAAGAAGAAGAGGAAGAAGAGCUUGGAGGAUCUAAGAAGAUCAUUAAUGAAGACGAUGGGAGCUGAGGAAUUGGGGCUCGGCUCCGGGUCUCGUCCUUAAUUCACUUCACCACAUCAAAUGUUUAGCACUUAAUAUUCUCUCUAAAUCUAUUUUGAAUAUUGUUUAGAAGCAAUUAACUUAUAAUUUAGUGAUUAACCAUUUAGCUACCGGAGAAUUUCUCCCUUAUCUUUCAA